UCCGGAACCCGCCCCCGCGCAGCCCUGGGUCGCCCGGGGAGCGCGCCUCGCCGCGCGCGCCCCUACCCGCGCCCGCGGCGCGUCCCCGCCCCGGUACAGCCCCUCCUCCCCGCUGUGUUUAUUAGGGGAAGGAGGGCGGAGGCGGAGGCCAGUUCCCUAGUUCCAGCCGCCGUCGCCGUCGCCUGUGCAGUUGCAGCCGCGGCCGUCGCCCGCCAGCUCGCUCCGGGGAAAGAGAACGUGCGCGAGCUCCGGCGUCCCCGCCCUAGCUUUUCCCGGAGCCAUGAAUCCCAACUGCGCCCGGUGCGGCAAGAUCGUGUACCCUACGGAGAAGGUGAACUGUCUGGAUAAGUUCUGGCAUAAAGCAUGCUUCCACUGCGAGACCUGCAAGAUGACACUCAACAUGAAGAACUACAAGGGCUAUGAGAAGAAGCCCUACUGCAACGCACACUACCCCAAGCAGUCCUUCACCAUGGUGGCCGACACCCCGGAAAACCUCCGCCUCAAGCAACAGAGUGAGCUCCAGAGUCAGGUGCGUUACAAGGAGGAGUUUGAGAAGAACAAGGGCAAAGGCUUCAGCGUGGUGGCAGACACACCCGAACUCCAGAGGAUCAAGAAGACCCAGGACCAGAUCAGUAACAUAAAAUACCACGAAGAGUUUGAGAAGAGCCGCAUGGGCCCCAGCGGGGGUGAGGGCCUGGAGCCGGAGCGCCGAGAUCCCCAGGACACUGGCUAUCGGCGGCCCCAGGAGCAGCAGCCUCACCACAUCCCAACCAGCGCCCCAGUUUACCAGCAGCCCCAGCAGCAGCAGGCAGCCCAGUCCUACGGUGGCUACAAGGAGCCUGCAGCCCCGGUCUCCAUACAGCGCAGUGCCCCAGGCGGGGGCGGGAAGCGGUACCGCGCCGUGUACGACUACAGUGCCGCCGACGAGGACGAGGUCUCCUUCCAGGACGGGGACACCAUCGUCAACGUGCAGCAGAUCGACGACGGCUGGAUGUACGGGACCGUGGAGCGCACCGGCGACACGGGGAUGCUGCCGGCCAACUACGUGGAGGCCAUCUGAGCCCGCCGGGCGCCACCCGCCCCAUCCGUCUUCAGUGCAUUCCACAGCAUUGCAUCCGUCCUGGGCGUGACCUGUCCACCCUUUGGUGUCUCUGUUUUUUAAAAUCUGCAACAGCUUGUUUAUUCUCCCCCUCUUCCAGCUUCUUUUGCCAGCCGAAGCCUUGUUCUGCCACUUUCGCGGCUCCUUCCUCUGGCAGGUUUUCCCCUUGACCAACUUCUUGAUUUUCUCUCUGGAUGGAACAGGUGUGGACCGCUCUGGGGGAAGCCGAGGCCCGUGGGGCUGGUCUGGGGGGACGACCCGUCAGCUCCCAGGCCUCUGCCUUCUCUCUUUUCUGCCCCCUCAGCCCCUCCUGCCCACCUCCUCACACACCCAAACAU